AACUCUUGCCACAUCAUGAUCAUGGACAUUUAGUUCUCACACCAUGCUUCUCGAACCUCGACCUGCCCGGUCCUGGCCGGCACCAUCAUGAUCAUUCGAAGCAACUCUCUAGUCGGGUCCAAAUGACAAAGUUGAUUUAUUGUCUGAAUCCUUAAAACGGGCUGCGGACUAAUGAUGCAAACUGUGAGACUGAUCCACUUGGUUUCCAAGAUCAUUCCUUGACCAUCUAACACUGCUAUGUCGAGUCAUCCAAUCCCCAUUAUUGAUUUCGCUCCGUUCUUAGACGGAUCUGCGAAACAGCAGGUUGCAGAUCAGCUCCUCGGGUCGUUCAAAUCGGCUGGAUUCGUCUACCUCACGAAUUUCGGUCUAUCAAACGAAGAGGUCCAAGAGAUGUUUGAUUGGUCGAAGCGCUUUUUUGCCCUUCCGCAUGAAAGCAAAAUGCUCGCGCCUCACCCAGGCUCUGGAAUGCAUCAUCGAGGUUACUCCUUCCCCGGCCAGGAGAAAGAAACCCAACUCCCAGAUUCGGGGGAUUCUGCCGCUGAGGCUGAAGUACCAAUCCCAAGCGUGAAAGAGUCGUUCGACAUCGGGCGUGAGGAGGAUGACUUGAUGCCAAACAUCUGGCCGCCCGAUCACAUCCUCCCCGGCUUCAAGGAAUCGUGUUUGGCGUUCUAUUGGAAAUGCUAUGAGGUUGAGAAGAACAUCCUCCGCGCGCUCGCACUGGGUUUCGGCUUGGAGGAGGAGUGGUUUGUGAGGUAUCAUGGGAUGCCAGAUAAUGGGCUAAGACUCCAACACUAUCCGAGCAUCGCCCUCGAAUCGGUCCUUACAAACAAGGUUGCACGGAUCGCGACUCAUACGGAUUUCGAUACGCUUACAGUCCUCUUUCCAGACAGUGUAGGAAGCCUUGAAAUAGAGGAUCCAAAUGAGUCUGGGAGGUUUUUGGCGGUAUCGCCAAUUCCCAACUCAAUCAUCGUUAACGCAGGGGAUUUCUUGCGGCGAUGUGAGGGUUCCUUUGGUCUUGCUGGGACCAUAUAUAGCUACCAAUGUGUUGAUUUGACUUCUGUAGGGUCGAACGACAUAAUACGGAGCACGAUGCAUCGCGUCCGCGCACCGCCGAAUCCGGUGACGAAGGAUGGCAUGCUUCCAGAUCGAUAUUCUAUCCCCUACUUCUGUGCUGCCGACUUUUCCACAGUCGUCGAUCCGAUCCCUGGUACGUGGUCAGCGGAUUAUCCCAAGAAGUACGAGCCCGUAUCGGUGAAAGAGUAUGUAAUGAAACGGUUUGCCGCGGAUUAUUAAAGUCGGUCGAAAGGUGCUAUGGGUUGACAUGAAUAUCAAGUGUGAUGAAUAUCCGUUUGUCCGAAUGCUCCAAAGGUUUUGUAGGAUUUAUGCCGAUGAAACACGGUCAAUUUCAUGUAUGUUGGUCUCGGCUUAACGACAUAAGCAAAUUACUAUACAGUAGAAUGCGAAUGACAAUGCUGGUAAAAGG